AAACAGACAGCUCGCAUAUUCCUGAUUUUGCCAAAAAGUCCAAGAUUUGGCUGAAGUGGCUCCUCGCCUUUGCAGGACGGUGCUGCUUGCUGUACCACUUCUGCACUGCCCCGCCACCCAGCCAAAGGCACUGGGAAAGAAUUGCUCCGGGGACUGCAGCGUUGGUGGGCUACACUGCUGGAGAGACCACCCGCUGUAUUGCACGUCGCCAGGCACCGUGGCUGUGGUAUCUGCAGCACCAGCAUCCCCCUCGCAGCCAGAGCUCCUGGGGAAACUGAGGCACGGAGCGAGGGCGGGCAGGUCGUAGCUCAAACCAGGCGUGCAAGGAGCACUGGGCACAUCGCUGUCAUGUUUCCUCGCUGCACAGGCAAUGCACAGGGGCUCAGAGAUGUUGUCUGCUGGUCAACGCUGGUGAUGUGGGCACAGGCGGCAUCUUCCCUCCAGGCAGCACGUGCCCAGGCAAUGCUGCCUGCCAGGGUGUUCCACCUCCGGGUGCUUUAUUUAGCGAUAUCAAACCCUUCCCUGCUCCCCAGCUGCCCCAGCCUGGCAGCAUCCCACGUGUUUGCCAGGGGGGGUUGCUAAAAUCCUGGGGCACGCUGCGACUUCAGGGCAGGUGACAAACAGACAGACACUUGCAGGCAAAACCCUCCUCCCAGCAAACACAGUCCCACGCAGGGAGAGGGCUUCUGGAUGUGGCCCUGCAGACAGGAACCCCCGCGCACCCCUCCCAGUGCCUCUGUGCCUGUGCAAAGCCGCAGGCUGAAAGCCCCGUCCCCUCCUGGCUCUGCAUCGCACCGGGAUGCCCAUGGGAAAUGCCGGCUCCCCCGGCACAGGGACCUGGCAGCGUCCCGGCGCAAACCCCCGGGCUUUUUUUAACUCAACAAAUAGAGCUUCAAUAAAUGUCACUUCUUUCCGCUGCCGUCAUUUCUUUCCGAUGGCCCGUCAACGUGACAGCACCGAGGUUGUCUGGAGCGGGAGGAGACCUUGAUGGAUGUUGUUUCGUUCCCCGGCUCAGGGGAUGCCGCAGGACGAGCCUCCUGUCCCAAGCACAGCGCAGAGGGGCAGGAGGGGGGCGAAGAGCCUUGUGUCCCGGAAAAAAAAAAGCUACUGAUGAGCCCAGAGGGAUGUUCCCCCAGGCCUGGCUGGAAAGCCACCUUCAGCAUCAGGUAUUUGAGUUCUGCACAUCCUUCUACCGGGGGCUCACCCUCCCUGCGAGGGCCACGUCCCCGCGGGGCACCGCUGGCCUUCGGAUGCUGUGGGUGGAUGACGGACCCAUCCUCCCACGGAGCGUUCCUCCUUCCCGGGCGUGGGGCAGGAACAGCUCCGGGCCGAGUUUCAGUACCGCUCCGUGGCAAAAGGCAGCUGCAGGGUUCCGAGCUGACAGCAGGUGCCAGCAAAGAGCCGCUCUGCAGCCAGCCGGGGCCCCUCGGGGGCAGGGGUGGCCGGAGCCCCCUCCCUGGGCGCUGCGGCACCUUCUGCCCAAACCCACCCAUCUGCCUGGGGCACAGACCCCCUCCUGGGACCCGGAGGAGGGCAGGCGGUGGUUCGCAGCCAGCUGAGAACCCCGGCGCUCAACUCACAAAUUGUAGCGUCUGCCCUGACCCCCCUCCCAGCCCAGAGGAGCAAAUAGGGCUGGGGGGGGGGGGCGCUGGAGGGGGAUUCUCACCUCUUCUGGCUGCCCAGGUAUUCUGGGCUCUGGGUAGUCCCGGCCUGGGUUGUUUGGGGGUGGUGUCCAGCAGGGUCCUGGCUUUCUGCUCAGCACCAUGGCCCCAAAACCCACCCUCCCCCUCCUUACCAAAUUCCUUUCGUGAGGACCUGGGAGGCACCUCACGCUCCCCCCCUGUUUGGCAGGCGUCCGUGACUCUCCUGCUCCGCAACAAGGGCUAUUUUUACCCCCUAGCUGCACUCACGCUCCCCUGGCUCUGCCUCCUGCCCUCCCUCGGCCCAGCACCGUCCCCGGUUCCCGGCUGGGACCCCGCUGCAGCUGGGGCCGGGCUCUGCUUGCAUCCCCCCAGCACCCCGCAGCCAGGGGGGAUGCAGCAGGGGCCCCUUCCCUUUGUUUGCGGUCAUCGUUUCUGUGGGCCCCAUCCACUGCCCUGUGCAAAGCUCUUUUUUCAGCCUGACAAGUAGCUUGAGCUUGUUUUAUAGGAGGAUGUAUACAUAUAUAUGUGGCCUCUGCUAUUUCCCCCUUCCUACUGGUCUUUUCAGGUCCCCGGCCCAUGUCCCUCAAGCGAGCCCAGGGCUCCCCGUGGAAUCGGUGCUGGGAGCUUUGCCAGGUCUUUUUGACGGUCAGGGAAGGGUGUUGGACCUGGAAGAGCCCCAGCGCCUUGGGCUGGGGGGGCAGGCAGGGGCUGUGAGCACUCCUCGUCCUUCCCUGGGCUGCCGGACCCCACGUGCCUCGAGGGGACCUGCCACAGCCCCAAACCCCGGGCUGCUGCUGGCAGCGGGACGUAUGCUGCCCAUCUCAGUGCCACUUUCAAGGGCUCUCUAACCCUGGCAUCAGGGCAGCAGCUUGAACCCACGUGGCUAGGGGAAGGCUGAGCAGGGGGAUCCAUCUGCGUUCCAGGGUGGAUGCUCCAGGCAUGAGCCCUGAGGGGGAUUGUGCAGGGGCUGGAGGGGUUGCGGCAAAGGGAUGGGGGACAUCACCCCUGCUGCAGGCUCCCCAUCCCACCUAGGGCAUUCCAAAAGGCCCCACCAGCACGAGAGGGGACCCAGGGGGAGCAGUUGUGGCCCCCCUGGGGAAGGACACCCUGAACAUCACCCACUGUCCCAGGCUGGCCCCCGCUCACCUCUGAAACAGCCCUUUGCUCCUUUCCAAAGAGAGGUUUUAAUUUACCCUCUUGGCUGGCGAAAUCCUAUCCCAAGCAAUUCCCCAGCCGUUCCUCCAAAUCACAGUAAUUACCUCAUUACUUUGAUAUUAAUAGAACUCAUAUGGCCUGGAGAAGAUAAUUGAAAUUAGCCCCUCAUCGCCAGCGAUGGGGAGCAGAGGGGGCAGUGCUGGCCCAAGCUGGAUGAGGGGUGCAGGGCUGUGCCCCCGCCAAAUCCUGGCACCCACAGUGGGUCCUGGGGCCAGCGAUGCCCAUGGGGCUGCAGCCCGGCUGGUCCCGACCUCAGGGAUGAAUUAUCACCUGGAGUUUGUCCGAUGGUAUCAGAAAUGUGUGGGCAGGAUGGGUGCCUGUGCUUGUUCCUGUCGGGAUCCUCCAAGUCAGCCUGGGAGGAUGCUCGGCUGGACCCUGCCCCUGCCCCUGCUCUCGAGCCACUCACCCUCUCGUUGUCCCCUGCCUUGUCCCCUGCUCUGGGCCAGGGCAUCCCGCAGCCCCCAUCAGCAUCUCCCGCCAUGGGGCUGCUCCCAUUCUUUCUGGGGAAAAAAAAGAAAAAAAAAAAAGAUUCAUUAUCUGGAAGAUCAACAAAGGCAGCAUGGCGGUGAAUAGCUCUCCCAGGCGAUGCCGUGCCCCCGCAGCCGGCCGCUGCCCGGCAGGGCCGUGAUGGAGCCGUCCCGCCGCCCCUCCGGCCCCACCUGCUCCCCCUCAGAUGGAGGUGACCCCCGACAAAGGCCGGGGCCGCGUCUGCCACCCUUGGGCUUUGCCCCGACACGUGUCUCCUUAACCUCUGCCUUGGGACCAGCUGCUACCAGGGGACCCUCCUUUGUGGCCCCGGCGCACGGCAGACGAUUCUCCCCAUCUGGCCGGCGAGGCCUCGUCUGUUGGAGACCCCCUGCCCCGGCUUAUAACGGCAUUAACCUCCCCCACUGCGCCCUGCCCCGCUCCCCCUCCGUCAACUGUCACCGGGCGCCCCGGGUCCCCGUGGGGGCGUUGGGCUGGGCACAGCCUGCAUCCCGCACCGCUCACCCACUGCCCCGUCGGCACCGCGCAGGGACGGGCAUCCCUGCCUGCACCUCCAACACUGCCUGCACCUCCAACACUGCCUGCCUGCCUGCACAGAGCCCGGCUGGAAAUCUCUCUUCUCCUCUCCUAACACCGUGGCAUAAAUACCGCAUGGAAACGUUGCAUUAAAAUAUUGCAUGUAAAUAUUGCGUGUAAAUGCUGCAUACAAAUGUUGCAUGCAAACGCUGCACGUCACAGCUGCGUGGUGUAAGCACUGUGUGCAAAUGCUGCACAACAUAAAUGCAGCACGUAAAUGCUGCUUACAGGUGCUGCAUAUCGAAACGCAGAGCCUGGGAGCCAGAGGGGCCGGGGGAGCAGGGGGCAGCCGAGGGCAGCGCACCCAGCCGGGAUGUCAGGCGGGCAGACCGGGCCAGCUCACGCCUCCGGAGAUGGGCGGCAGGAGCGAUGUCUGGACAGGAACCAGGCAGGACAAGGCAGGGGGGAAAAUUUGCCUCCAGGGGCUUGAAAAGUUCCUGCACUCAUGGCUGCAGGUGGGGUGAGUCCAGCCGUGGGUCCCGCAGUGCUGGGGCUCAGGACCAGGACCCCAGCACGGGGGCUCCAUCCCAAGCCCACUGCCACCAAGCCACACGCCCUCGCCCCUUGCACUGAGCUCCCCGGGGAGCUGGGGGAUGCUGGGGCACCCCAGGGUGCCUGGCUGGCAGGGGACCAGCGGCAAUGAGAUGCAAAGAGCGGUGCGCAGGGUCAGGUCUUUCCCUGCAGCCCCUUGGGGAAAGGAGCCGAGGCGGAGGCUGGCAUCCCCCGGCUGGCGGAGGCUCCGCAGGCUCCUCUGCCUGGUCAGCGGUGUCCCCAGGCCAGGGGUAAGAAGAGGCGAGAGACUGUCACUGCCGCCUCCCUCGCCAGACAUCCAUCCCCGAGGAGGCCUUAUCUGCCGCUAAUGCUUCGCAGCAGCCUCCCCAAAGCUUGCGGGCUUGGCAAGAUGCUCCGAGACUGCAUUUGCUCCAAAUGGAUUGUAUCAGGGGGAGAACAAAGCACUGGAGAGUUUUCAAAGCAAAGUCGUGAUCGCAGCCCGCGGGAGAGGCAGCCGGUCCCCUCCGGCAGCACCUCGCUGGGGGACUCGGCGGGGAGCGGGCUCAGCCCCAAAACGCCCCUUGGCCGUCCCCUCUCGGCCCCAGCUCUGCCAUCCCACGGUGGUGACCAGGCAGGAGCCGUUCAAUGGGUCCUGGCCAGAAGACAACAGCUCCAUUUUCACCGAAAAAUGUCCUGCUGCAAAAUCUGGCCUCGCUCCAGCUGCAAAUGAAAAAUAAGGUUGGUGGUUUUUUUUUUUUUCCCCUCCUCCAAAGUUUCUUGGAAAGCUGGUGCGGGCCAGGCUCUGGAGCAAAUGCUGACCUCGGCAUCGUGCCACGGGGGAUGCUGCAUGGAUGCUUGCCCGCUUCGCUCCCCAUCCCUGGUGCAGGCAGUUCCAGGCAGCAGCCGCCGGGGCAGAGCAGCUGGCAGAGCAGACUUUUUUUCCUCCAACAGCCUCCAGAACUUGGGGAAAAAAAAGGGAAAUAUUCUGUCCUCUGUCGAUCUCAGCAUAAAUUGCAAUCGCAGUGUCGGGAAGGGUGCUAAUGCGGGGGCUUGCCCUGCCCAGCCUGUGCUCCGAGCCCUGGGAGCGUCGGCAGAGACGGCCGCAGGCGACGCCAGGAUUCACCCAGAGCACGAUGGCCACAUUGCAUGGAGCAAGGUGUGCACCGUCCUCGUGCUGAGGUGUCCCCGAGGAAGCGAUGGCACACACCGAGCCAUGCUUGUCAGGAAGGACUGGAGGAGAAGAAGGAACUGUGUAGGCAGAGGAAGGAAUAAGACCAGUAUCCUUUCCGAUACACAGAGAAGAUGGUGUCAGCAGUGAGUCAGCUCCGGGAGGUAUGUGAAAUCAUAAUUGAAGAAUGCUGAGAAAACAGCAAAAUCCCACAAAAAAAAAAUUGUGGGGGAAAAAAAAACAACCCUCAAGCAAAAGCAACAGCGAUGGUCCAGAUCCCAGAGCCUCAGCGCUGGGCAGAGACAUGAAAGAGGAUGGGUUUAGCAACUGGACGCUCUUCAGGGCGCGAUGAGGUAACUGCAAAAUUGCAUCAGGGGCAAAAAGGAAAACAAACCCAAGAGCAGCGGCUUUCUACUGCGGGACAGCCAAAGGCCGCCACACGGCCCUGCAGCAUCUGGCCCUGCGGUGGUGGGCUGGAAGGACCCACGUGAGAUCCCGGAGACUCUCACGACGCAUUCCCAACCCACGAGAAAUGUCGCGGCCACGAGGGCUCCUUUGAACAAUUGUCAUCGAGAAUCUGGGGAAACAAUAGAGCUGCGCGACGCCAGGCUCUGCAAACGCCCGACUCACGGCGCUAUCGCAGCUCCAACGCCCAACUCGUUAGUGCCAGAUUAGCAGGAGGGGGAGGCGCAGGGGCUGCUCCAUGGAGGCUCGGACAUCCCUGCGGCCACAGCAAGAGAGGUGCAGAACAAGCGAGCAGCCUCCUGCGGCCGGUGCGGGGUGGUUCACCAAGAGCCAGAGGGGACAAGACACGGGAAAAUCAAGCAAAAUGUCACAAGUUCAGAAACUCAAAAGAGAAGGUGGAACCAGCGGGCAAAGGGAGGUCUGUGUGCCCUGCGGCGAGAGGCUGCGAGAGGAACGGCUUUGCUGGGGGCUGCGGGCAGCACGGGGGGGACAGUGCUGGGCGGCGAUGGGAUGGGGAGAGGGGAGGGGUCCUGCCCAUCGCCGCUGGGGUCUGCACCCGACGCCGGCCGUCCUGGACAGCCCUGGGCACCCAGCCGAGGAGGGGAGCAGGGACUCAAAGGGCGAGGCAUUGCACAGACCUGGUGUGAAUUCUGGUGCUGAGCAGGACUGGGAAGCCUUUUUCAUCCUCACGCCAGGAGGGCCAGAGGGGCAGGGGAAACCCAGAUGAAAAUUCAGCAGUGACGUAAGCCCACUCCCCACAGCCCGCAGGUACCGGGGGGGCUUCAGGCUGCUGCCCCAACAUCACAGCACCACACCUUGAGCUGCAGUGGGUGAGAUCAGGUCACGCACGACACCAAACCCAGGACAGCAACUCACUCGUGGGGACACAAGCCACCCCACGCCCACCCGGAGGGCACCCGUGUCCUGCAGCAUCCCCAUGGGUGUGUGAGCUGGGCACCAAACCACGGCUGCAGGGACCAGGGCUCGGUGCUGGGAGCCAAGCAAGUACAAAACAGCAACAGAAGAUGGUCUUUUGAUAUCAUACCCAGAAAGAAAUAAAAAAAAUCCACCCAGUUCAAUGUACCCAUCAAAGCACGUCCACUGGAGAGGACAAAAACGACGGCAGUAAGGAAUAACCGCAUGAAAGGAGGUCCCAGCCCAUGCCGAGGAGCCAGUGGAGGUAGGAGCACCACAAACCACACUUUUCAUGGGCGCAGGCACGUGAAGCAGUGAAUAUUGCACACCAGCAAGCACCCACCAUUGAAGAGACACUACUCGAGGCAGCUGGCACGGUCCCAGUGCUUGGCUCCGGAGGUGGACAUCGGCCACCGCGCCGGGGUGAGCAAAGCCCCUGGCAGGGCUGGGCUGUAGCUCGGUGCUGGAUCCUCGCUGGGCUCCCCAAGGCUGGGACCUGCCUCCGGAGAGCUAAAAGCAAUGUGGGAAAUGUCUGCAGGGACUGCGGGACAGGCAGGCAGGGGGGGUUCUCCUCCGGUGGCCGCAGCUCCAGUGUCACCGUCUGUGCGGCUGUAGAUUGCCCCCCCCCCCCCAAAAUUGCUCCAGCCCUGCCGAGCUCUUUGCCCUCGACAGGGAGGAUGAACGCAGAGGUUUUACACGCUCCCCUGCGCUCUGCACAACACACGGCCGGCAUGUAAACACCACACAGUCGACUGGGGAGAGACCAAAGGUCUAUUGAGACAUUUCCACGGCGACACUUUGAGGGUGCCACGCUGCUGGUGGCUCAUCCAGAAAGGUCCCCUCUCCGCUCCUCCCACCACCUCCACCCCAGGGAAGGAGACUCCUGCCGGCACUCAGGUGUUGAGCUUUAACUGGGGCCAAGCAAUUCAGAACCACAAAAUCCAGCCCCCUUGAGCCAAUAAAAGAAACCGUCCCUUGCUGAUCGCUGGUUUUGCUUUAAAAUACAAAAGCAAAGUGAAAAAUAAACCCCACCGGGCCCUGCAGCUGGCUGCUGUGAGUGCAGAAGGUGCAAUGCCUGGUCGCUAUGACUUGAUGUGUUCAUGGGGCUGGAAACAGCCGCAUCCGGCACCCGCAUUCGGGCUCGAUGCAGCCCUUUGCCUCGCCACUAGCCACGACGACACAGCGACAGAUACAUGAUGCAGCCGACUGCGACGGUGCCACGUGGGAGCAGCCCGGCACAAAAGUGGCUCUUUCCCCAUAAAUCACCCCAAAGGGAGGGUCCACCCAGUCGGGCAGCACCUGGGGGGACACCCGGGUGCCCGCUUACUGCAGGACAGGCACCGGCAGAGCCGGCAGCAUCUCAGCAUCUGCGACCGUCUCCAAUAAUACCACCCGAAGGCUCCAAAAUGUUGGGGAAAAAAUAAAUAUAGCUCAAAGGAGACUAAGGGAUCGAAGGAAAAUGGCCAUUAGCAACCCUCCAUCUGCAGUAAAAAAGCCGGCCAUGUCCGGCACUCCGGAUCUAAUGGGUUUUUAAUAUUCUCGUGGCAUGCACUGUGGUAUAUAUGGUAAGAGACACUUGGAGGUCUUGCAUGAGCACCAUUACUCGGGGGGCUGCUCGCGGAGUUCAGGCUCUUCCUUUCCCUGCCAGCUGCCUCGUAGAUGUAGAUGUUUCAAUUAUUCUGUCAAGCUGCAUAUUCCAAAUUAAGGCCAGAGAAGUGUCUCUGUCUUAUAUAGAAAGAAAGAAAAAAAAAAUAUAUCCCUAAAAGGAAAAGAAAUGAACUCAGAAAUUAAUAAGGCUGAUUGACAAUGCUGCUUUGGAAACUCUGGUACCAUAUGGCAUCCUUGAAUGGCUGCAGUGCUGUUAGGAUGGAGCUGACCAGCUGGAGAGUUACUGUGGGUUGUUUGUAAUUGUAAUAAUGGAUAUCAGAUGGCUGGUGUGGAGCAGUUUAUAAAUGAGAACAGACAAUGAGCCGCACUGUUUGUCAGGAAAUCAUUGCUGAUACGGGCUGUGCACUACCCCACCGCUCCUCGUUUGAGCUGGCUGCUCCCAGGGCACCGUGUGCCGCCGGUGGGGCCAGCUCCGGCUGGGAGAGGCACGAUCCUGGGGCAGGUACCGCAUCGGUGACCGGGGCCGGGUGGGCCAGCCAUGAGCAAAACUGCCCAAAAAACCCCCCCUCGCCCUCCUGGUACUUUGGGCAGAGCCCCAGACCCCGCUCGGAGAUGCUGGCGAGGCUGAUGUCGUCGCACAAAAAGCGGGAUGUGCAGCCGGGUGUCUCUCUAAGGACGCCAAAGCCAACGGGGACCCGGCCGGGGAUUGGCCAAAGCCUCGGGAGCCGUCCAGGCUCACAGGGCUGAUGGGGGCCCGGGUGCUGACACUUCCAGAUUGUUUUUUGUGCUGAACAGCCGGAAAAAUCAUGACAUUUCAGAAUCUGCCAUUUAAUGGAUUUUUUUUUUAAAGUUGAUAACAGUGAAAUUCAUUAUUUCAGUUUCUGCUGAUCUCCAGCUCUACGGAUUAUCACAUAAAACGAAGCCUGAGUUUGGAACAAAAAAGUCACAUGCUUGUUCCCUUGUCUUUUCCAAAAUGAACUUUCAUCCAAAUUAGCACAGGGCAUUGCCCAGAUGAAACGUCCCCUGUGCUCCAGCAGAACCUGCCCCAUGCCACAUUGCCCAGGGCAACGAGCCCCAGCCCGGGGCAACCGAGGCAGGAGACGGCUGGCAGAGAAGGCUGUGUUCAAGGCUCAGAUGUAACGCCUAUUUUUAAUUCCUGGAUUAUGGGGUUUUUCCCCCAAAACUUAUUUUAAAAAAAAGCCACAACCAAAUUGGAUUAAGCACCCCCCACCACCACCAGCCGGCAGCGGCGGCCGGGCAGAGCCAGGCGAUGUGGCAGGGGAGGAGGAGCACACCCACGUGUCGUUUCACACUCACGCACACGCACGCCCGCAAACCCAAACACAGCUGGUCGCUCCGGCAGCUCUUAUUUUGGGCUCGGCGGCCCCGGCGCGGGAUGGAAGGAGUCCCGGCGCUGCUGGGUGUUCUCCCUGCUCAGCUUCAGGCUGAUGGCAUCUCUGGUGGCGGGGCGCCUCGGGACCGGCCGGCCGGCGGCAGGGACGGCUUUCGAGGAAAGCGAGCUCCGCGGGAAGGCGGCCAGGACUGGAGCUGGGGCCACGGCACGUGCCAAGCGCCGGGCAGAGCAUCCACAAGCCGCCGUGCCCCUCUGAGCCCCUCUGCAGGGCAUCUCGGUGGCCGUGAAAUGCUCCUACCUUCCUGUACAUAAUAUAAUUA